CAGGCAAGUUUUCGAAGGCAAGGACGGCUAAGUACCGCGGUUGCUGAUCUCCAGACAGGAUGCCGAGGCCAAUAAUCAUUUGUCGUGAAAAUUAGUGUCCUAAUAUCGUACGACUGUGAUAAAAAAAAAGACAUAUCUAUCAACUUUGUGGUUUAAACAUGUGUCAAAUGAAAAAUCAAAAGUAAUAAUAAUAAAGAAAAUAACGAAUCAGUGUUAAAAACGUGUUCCAAUACUCGUGAUUUUAAUUUUAAUUGCAAAUUUUAUAAUAAAUUUGCAAUCAAUUUUACCCCAGUAAAAGUGUCAAUGCAUAAGUAACAUUUAUAGCUGCUUUUUGCAAGCGAAACUUCGAAGAUAGAAACAAGAUUACGUUCUUCGGUUAAUUUCCGGUAAACUUUAUUUUAACAAAAAUUUUUUGUUUGAUGAAUUUUAAUGUUACAAUUUAUAAUAUCGGGAACGUCAGAGUUAAGAUUGUAGAUUUGUAGGAACAUCAUACAUUUCUAAUCAAGUUGAAAAUCUUGAUACUUUCCUCGGAUGAUAAAAACCAUGUGUUCCUUAGUUUCUCUACCUUCAUACGAAGAAGAUCAUAGAAUGCAAACAAGGUGAAAUUUGUCGCAUCUAAAAAUAGAGUGCGUGGUUCGUUAAAACUCGAUUGCGCCCAGUAAGACUGUCGUCCGCGUGCGACAAGUGCUCCACUUAAAUCGUUUCACGUACGCCUGCAUUUUCGCAAUCGAUAGAAAUCUUCGCGCGAUAUAUUAUACUUCAUGGAAGUAGAAAGUCUUACGCCGUAGGCAUGUGCAGUUCAGCGCGAUCGCUUUGGAAAUUACCGCGACGUAAUCAGUCACCGCAUGGACUCUCGACUGAUAUUAUUCAAUAAUCACGUCGUUACUAAUGGAUAUAUUAAACAUUAUAUAACUACGAGAUUUGCAAGUAAUUUUCCAGCAUUUCUUAUGCGAGUGGAUCGCGAUACUCGGUGUCUACAAACAAUUAACUAGCUGUAAUGUUUCGCGAAUAUCUCAUACGUUUAACAACUUUCUUGCUGUCAGAACGUCGAUUAUCUGUAAAGUGAAACGCUGCAGAGAGUCCGAACGACGACGUUGGAACAUAUCGGAUACUCAUCGGAUUUCAUUGUUUCGCAACACACACACGAUAAAGUUCGACCACAAAGCACCAUUAAUUCGGUGCACGCGUUACGCGUUCGCGUCACGUACUGUCGAAAUGGAUCGUCGAAAUCUUCGAAUGUCCGGGAACGAAUCGCCGGCAUUGGCCGGUAGUCAAGCUCAAUCAGCGGCGUGGGCCAUCAACCAGCAACAGUCGUAUAAUGCGUUCGUCGUGUUAGAUCGAAGGGAAGCAAUUUUCUGGACAAUCGUGCGUGAAGGAUAGAAACUGCCGUUUUGUUACCGCAAACCAUGAGUGACGCAUAGACUCUAUAGGCGGAAAAGGUUUCGGAAUCAAGACUCUCUUGCGUAAAGAUUUGAUAUUAAUAUUGCUUCGGGAUACAGUCUAGAACAGUUGGCUUAUGAGUGUUGAAGAAAGUAGCGUGCUGAGUGAUUGAAUAAUGUGUUAAAGAAGAUAGUAUAUUGAGUGAUUGAAUAAUGUAUUGAAGAAGGUAGCAUGCUGAGUGAUUGAAUAAUUUUUUGAAGAAAUGUAUAUGAGUUCAAAGAGAAGGAAUGUUUUAGAACGUGUGUCUGGAUUUAAAAGCCAUCGGAUUUAAUUGCCGUCAAUAUGUAUAUGUCACCACUCAAUUCCUUUGCAGCCAAUUGGUUGCUCCUUUGCUUGAUCAUUCCAUUUUAUAGCGGAGCUAUGAGAUUAGAUAGGUCAGAUUGGGUCCCUUACGAGGUCAACGAUCCCGUGCAUCACCAAUUUCGACCGAUACCAGAACCAGUUUCUUUGAAAGAACAGUUCCGGUCUAAUGUCCCAAAACCACAGUACAACGUUUAUCAUUCUCAGCAUAAUUCAUUGCAACCUGGGAUAUUUUCUAAGGAUCGCUAUUCUGAAGACAAUGUGAAGCAAAAUGCAGCGAAAUACAUGCCAGAAUAUCAGCUGGGAGAAGUAUACAGACCGUAUUAUUAUUCUCAAUUUGUUAAAAGUCAAAGGACUCCUACAAAAGAAAAUGCCGCGCAACUUUUGGAGCGCGAGGAAACGCGAGAAAUUGACGAGGAAGUAGUGAAGAAAAUGAACAUGUUAGACAAAAUAUUGUCUGAAGAUACUGACGAGAAUGACGUCGAGAUGAAGAAUUCGGUUGAAGAUGAAAUUAUCGCGGAAAUGAACAUCCCUGAAGAGACGAAAAGAGUUGUCAGGCAAGUUCGUAGGCAUCGGCCAGGAUUUUUCUGGACCUUAGCGAGGCUUGCUUUCGAGACAUUCAACGACACGCGAUCGGCGAUUAAACAAAUUAGUAAUCUUGUCAGUCAAAACAUCGAACCGGAUCCGACUACACGCCGACCAGCCAAUAGUCAUCCAUUGAUGGUUGCCGAAGCGAGAACAAUCGCACCGUCGGUUGAUCAGAAUAAUACGUCCACCGACAUGACAGAUGUUAACGCGACAACAACGACAACCACAGCGGCACCUUUCAGACUCACGUCAACCAAUCUGCAAAAUUUAAUUAGAAGAAAUUUGCGUGGAUUAGUGAGGCUCUUCAAUAUCGAAUGGCAGGAUGCCCUAAAUCAAUCAGAGAUAUCUGUAAGGGAGUUUCAAAAGGAUCUCGGGAAUCAAAUAGGUAGUUUUCUUCAGGAUAACCCAAACGCAUUUUAAAACGAAGACAGCAUCGCGAGAAGAAUUAAAUAGAUAUAAUAAACAUCAAGGUCAAAAAGUUCCGAAUUGUAUAUAAUAUAGUGAUUCAUUUAUACAUAUAA